AUUCUGCAUACCUUCUGUCAAUGUUCUUUAUAAGAUAAACUUAAAGUAACAAGCUAAUAUAUUAUUAAUUACUCUGAAAACUAUUUUUGAUUUAUACUUCACACCAAAAUGUAGUUACAAUCAUACUUUUAAUGUCAUCAAGUUCAUCGUACUAUGAAUAACACUAAUAAGAUCCUAACCUAUAUGUAAUUUAUCGUACACCAACGUUAACUUUCAUACAAAUGGUAUCAACUUACAAUUGAGAACUACUUCGCUCGAAGAAUGUUAUAGUGUUUACAGGUAAAAAGUGGUAAUAAAGUUUCAGAGAAGAUUAAUUAAAAUGUUGUUACUGUAAUCCUUGAUCAUGUUUGGUUAGUUUAUGAUUUGCAUAUGAUGCACGUUGAGAUUAGGUUAUGAUACUAUAAGACAAAACACAACAUAACCUAUCAAAUUUAUAAACAGUGUUAUUUUAACUGAAGCAAUUGCUUCCAACGUAUCCGCAAAGAGAAACUUGAAUUUUCUGAUUAAAGAUUAAGUAAAUAAAAUUAAACUUCCUAAUGAAGACUGCACCACAUCAAAGAUUGGUAAUGGUAGGCGAUCGUGAUGGGCUGAAAGAAUUAUUACGACGCCGACUGGUUGAAUGCGGCUGGAGAGAUCAAGUAAAAUUAAUUUGCAAGGAAUUAAUAAAAGAACACGGUCAUGAUAUUACUUAUGAUAAGCUACUUUCCGUUGUUACUACCAGAGCAAGAACACUUGUUCCGGAUUCUGUAAAAAAGGAACUUUUACAGAAAAUAAAAAAUCAACUUAUUGCUCAAGAAGAAAAAUUAAAAAUGUAAUGAACUGAGGUGUUAUUUAUAAGUUUUUACAUUUGAAGAAAAACAUCUAUGACCGACAAUUGUAUUUGAAUCCAGUAUACCAUUUCCAUAUACAUUGUACAAUGAUGUGUGAUAUUAUAUAUAAUGUUAAUUCAUAAUUCUAUGGUAAAAUUAUA